AGGAGGUUGGCCAUGACCAGCAGAUGACCCCUAUUGAUUUUGAGGUCAGUAUGUCAAAGUUCAAGGUCACAGUGACCCGGAACAGUUAAACGGUUUCCGGAUGAUAACUCAAGAUUGCUUGGGCCUAGGAUCGUGAAUAUUGAUAGGGAGGUUGAUCAUGACCAUCAGAUGACCCCUAUAGAUUUUGAGGUCAGUAGGUCAAAGGUCAAGGUCACAGUGACCAGGAAAAGUAAAACAGUUUCCGGGUGAUAACACAAGAACGCUUGGGCCUUGGAUCAGGAAAAUUGAUUGGGAGAUUGAUCAUGAACAGCAGAUGACCCCUAUUGAUUUUGAGGUCAUUAGGUCAAAGUUCAAGGUCAGAUUGGCCAGGAACAGUUAAACGGUUUCUGGACAAUAACUUGAGAACGCUUGGGCCAAGGGUCAUGAAAGAUGAUAAAGAGGUUCAUCAUGACCAGCAGAUGACCCAUAUUGAUUUUAAGGUCAGUAGGUCAAGGUCAAAGGUCAAGGUUACAGUGACCCGGAACAUUUAAACCGUUUCCAGAUAAUAUGAGCAAAUAAUUUCUGUUCCUUGUGCAAUUACUGAAUGCAUCAAGAGGGGCAUUUCGUGUUCGACGAGCUCUUGUUCAACUUUUAUAUUCAUUCUUUUGACAACACUGUUGAAUAGUCAAGCGUUCCUGUUUUCUUUUAGUUUGCCACUUUCUUGACUUUAUAUUUUAUUCUGUCAAGCAUUUUCGUGGGGCAUGUAGCAUACAGUGCAGAUAUCGUUUUUGUUUGUGUAUUUAUACUGAUUUAAUUGUAUUAAUUUAGACUUUCAUUAAGGUCAAGCAGAUAUGUGCUCCUGAUUCAGGCUAUCAGUCUUAUAUUACAACACAUUCCAAAAAUGGUGAAAUAUGUGAUUUUUAGCACAGUAUGCUUAAAUUUGGUCUCUGUGACCUUGACCUUGAACUUUUCAUGAAGAGCAGUGGUAUUUAGGUGAGCAGUAUAGAGCCCUUAUAUAUGGCCAUCUUGAUGAUCUUGUCAGUUGAUAGUUUUAAAUAAAAGGCAGAUAAAUGUGAAUUGGAACAUCACAACUUGAAAAGACAAGGUCAAUACAAAUUGCUAGAUAAAAGUAAAUUUGAUAGGUGUGAAAUUUCAGUUAGCUAGUUGAAAGGUUGUGAUGGAUUAACUAUUCUUUCUAGAAGUGGAGAUGAAAACACAACUUGCAUGGCUUCUCUGUUCCACACUGUCUGUGUUGUUUCAUUUUGACUGUGUGACAACAUCAAGGAGCAGUGAUAUAGUUGAGGUGAGCUUGACUCUCAAGAGCAGUCCUGUUCCAGGAGAGAAGUCCUUGACACCAGUUUCGUCAAUGAUUAAACUCACACAAGAAUAUGUGUUAUAUAAAGGACAUGGUAGAUAUAAGAGAGGGUCCCUUUUCCGCAGUUAUGGAAUACUGCCUCCUUUACAAGACAAACCAAUUGUCCGCAAGCAGGUGGUGAUGAAAAUUAAUUUUACUGUAGUUGGCUCAAUGGUAGAGGUAAAGUUUGGUCCAGUGCAGGAAGAUAUGACGUACAGGGUUUGCCUUAGUCCAGUGUCUAAAGAUUAUGAAUGCUACAGCAAUGAAGUUGCACAACAGGGUCAGGAUGUUGUAGUUUUCAAGAAUGUAGAGGCAGGCACAUACAGGAUAUUUGUACAGAGAGGAGGCAACCCGGACAAUCCAAUGUAUGCAUCUAAACCUUUCAACGUCACAGAGGUACCACCUGAAACUCCUGAGCCAAGGAUAGCAGGGUCAGUUGUAGCUAUCAUCACAAUGACCUGUCUUCUCUUUGUAGCAGGGCUGACAACUCUUUGCUUUUGUCUCAUGAGAGAACGGUGUCACUGUAUACCAUGGAACUGUAAGAUUUGCAGCUGUGUCCUGUACCAUAGAACUCCACACAGUGUUCCAAAUAACAUACAGGAAGAUGGAGAAGAUGAUGAUUCCAUACUGCAAGUCCUACCAUUGUAUUAUGAUGAGUCAGAAGUCUUCACUACAGCUGUCCAGAAGAUCUGUCUCUAUUUGAGCAAAUGGUCAAACUGUAGGAUCAAUUAUAACUGGACAGCAAGUUAUUCUAAUGAACCAUCACUGUCAAUUAAAGACAACCACCUUAACUGUAUACUUUUGAUUUUCCUUUCAUCAAAGAUGUGGAAACUUUUGAGUGAUUGCCAACAAGAUACUGAUCAGACAACUCAGCUUUUUAAAAGAGUCCUGGAAAGUAAUGGGAAGGCAUUCCAAAAGAUGGUAAUCAGCCUUCAUCCAUUGGCUGUUAAUGGAAAGUGUUCAAAAGGCAUCAAUAUAUUUAGAAUGACAAAACGUGCUCUAGUAGGUAACCAGCAUGGACUUGAAAUGAACACUGAAGAUUUGUACACAAUGUUAGAACAGUUAAAUGUAGAGACCAGAGCAGUUCAACGUGGUUGGUCCAGUUUUGAAGAAUUGUCUGUACUUUAUGAAGCCAUAAAGUACAUACCAGAAAUUGACCUAGAUUUAGGUGAGCAUCUUUUUGUUUCAAAAGACGAUAACAAUAUUAACAGAGAAACUUUAAACAUGCCAUCUCAAAAAACAAAGGAGGUAAAUGUCAUUCAGACUACAGCUGGUUGUCCCGACAAACAUUGUUUGUGUUCUGUAACUCAAAAGCAAGCUGCAACUUACCAAUGGGCAAGUUCACAACAGAUUGGAUGUGGCAUCCCCUACAAUCAGAGUGGUUAUGUUCCACCUUCAGUAUAUCAUACAGUACAUGAAGUAGAAAGUGAGUCCAUCCCUCAUGAUGUGGACAUGGACAUUGAAAGUGCUAGUGAAUGCCAGGACACUAUUUACCAAAGGGAGACAAUUCAGUCAGGAUACCAUAGAUGUAACACAGAGGCUCAUCCAGUUGCUAAACAGUUUGACCAUGUCAUUGCCAAUCACCAUGGCGAUUGGCUACCGCCUGAAGAUGACUGUGAAAGUGUCUCCCAUUCGGUAAUUGGUCAAAAACAAGUAGAGUUUUAUUGGAAUUACAAAGCAAAUGUUGGUGACACCAGACUGUAAACAAAGAUGAAUCUUGCCAUGUACCCAUUUCCAUUUUUCUUAUCUUUGGUAUUGUCAGACAGUUCAGAAAACUUGAGAAUUUUGUUAUCUUAUUUCAUGUCUAUAGAGUACAUUAGUUGUAUUCCAUUUUUGGUCACAUUUUUACUGAAAGGCCUUUUUUUUUUUAAAUUUAACAGUUUAAGGGCUUUUUAUUACCCACAGUUAAUGAAUAUUACAAUUAUAUUUUGUAAUGUCAGUGAUAACAUGUGUUUUUAAAGUGGAUUUCUGAAAAUUUAACAUUUGAUUGUUUACUCAUUUUGACGUAAUACAUGUUAGAUUUACAUUGAUUUUCCUAUCCUGUUUGCCUUGCCAAGACAGAGUUAUUUUCGUGCAAGUUAUUGUAUUUUGCCUAAGUAGUGAUAUGAAUGAAAAUAUAUUAUAUCUGUUAACCCUUAUCAUGCUGGACAUGUUACAACCAGUGUAGAUCUUGAUCAACCUGCACAUCCAUGCAGUCUAAUCAAGAUCUGCGCUGUUCGCCAAUCAGUCAGUCUCUGUUUGGUAAGUACCCAUUUUAGCAGUAAAUGGUACUUUCCAAAUUGAAAGAUGGACAAGUUCAUUAUAGAAGGCUUAAAAUUUGCAUUUGACAGUUGUAUAUUUAGCUAACAUUCAUGAAAGGUGCAAGUUUGUAAAAUUACUUUUACCUCCCUUUGCCUAUAUUUGUUGUGUGACACAAAUAUUAGAAAUAAAUAAAUUCUGAAAAAUGCUUUUUAGUACAGAUAGUUGAAAUGUCUAUCAAAUGUUACAUUUAAAGUUAGAAUUAUGUCAAAAUCAAAAGAAAUACAGCAUUCUAAAUAACAUGUAUUUUCAUAUAAAUGGAGGUGGGGAAGUUGGUGUGCAAGUUAAUACAAAAUUUGAUAAAAUCUAAGAAAAGACAUAUUUUUAUAGGAAUUUAACUAUUUGUGUUAUAUAUAGUUCAUAAUCAUGUGUAUAAAAAAAAUAUGAAAAGUGACAAAUGUCAUAAACUGUUCUUAAAUAUGACUUAUUGCCUUUAAAAACGAUAAUUGUUGUAUAAUGAUAUUCAGACAUUAAAAUUUUUUGUUUUGUUACAGUAUUAAGUAUUACCAGCUCAGCUAUUUUUCAAACAAUAUGGAAGGCCCUCACCCUCACAUUGUCGUUAGCUUUGGUAUUGCAUUCACGUUUAAGUUACAUGGCAAUCUGUUCACUUCCACUGUUUCUUCCUAACUACUGCCCUUAAUAUCACCAGACCUCAAAUAAGGAUUGGUCUUGAUAAGGGGCAAACAUAAAGAUGAGGUACCCAGAAGGUCAGGAUCACUAGGAUCAAUUUUGUAGAAGUGUUGACAAUCAUUGUUGAAUCGUCCUUUCACAGUUCUUUUAAUCUUUAUUGUUAUGUAUCUGAUCUAUUGCUCAUCAAAAACUGUUGGUUGUUUUAUUUAAAACAUUGUUGGAUGUUCUUUAUUUCCCUCUGUUUUUAUUAAAGCAUGGGCCUUUAUUAAAAUGACAAAUUUCAGAUAUAAUCACUACAUCUUGGCUUCUGAAUACUUUAAUAAAUAGUCAUGUGACUGGUAAUAUAGCCUGUCUAAGACUUAAAUGUAAGUUAUUUUUUCUCUGGUAACAUGUGUUGGUAAGACACUUUUUUGUAUUCACUUUUAGUGUAUCACUAAUAUUAGAGAUUUUUAUAUUUACAUCAUCCCUCAUCUAGGGUACAUAUACUAGUAUUACUUACAUGUGCCGCGGAAGCCCAGGAUAAAGUACUCCAAAGACGAGUAAAAAAUUUUUUUAAGUAUUAAGUUUGUUUUACGUUUUUAUAUUAUUCUAAGUAUUUUUAAAAUUUCUUAUGGUUGCCAUUCUUCUGUGACAAGACUGUAUUGUGGAGGUAUAAGUUAAAAGACAUGGUUCUGCAGAACUUGCAUAUAUUUCCAAUGACAACUUCAUUUGUGGUUUGUGCCAUAUUGCCAACAUUGAUAAUAUAGAGUGAAAUAAAGAGUCCUUUAAUAGGAUACCAACGGAGACUCAAUGAUGGUCAUGUACAUGUAAUUGCUGUAGUUACAGGUACACCAUAUUUUUAUUUAAGUUGUUUGUUGUUUUGUGAUAUGCUCAAUUGUCUUGUGCCUUGAUGUGUUACAACCACAUGUAUUUGUAAGUAAUUACUCUAUACAUUUCAUUCUUGCAGUGGCUUAAAAUAUUUAAUAAGUAAAUUAUGAAUUAUUAGAGAGUGAAAUAUUUUUAUGUAUAUCUGAUACACAUAAUCGUGUACUCGUUUAGUUCCUAAUUGAGUAAUUUUUGUCACAAAUUUGUUAAGUUCCUAAAAGAAAUAAUUACUGGCAUAUAUUUAUUGUGUGUUAUCAGCCACCAUGCUUCAAUGCCUGCAUAGAAGUGAUGUCAUACCAGUAAGAAUUUGAUAUAGAUUCACCAAAAGGAAGUAUUUAGUUUGAAUAUCAUGACAUUUAGUGCCCGCCCGCUUAGCUAAGUAGGUAAGAGUGUUGGUCUACGGAUCUUGGGGUCGCGAGUUCGAUCCUUGGGUGGGGCGUAUGUUCUCCGUGACUAUUUGAUAAACGACAUUGUGUCUGAAAUCCUUAGUUCUCCACCUCUGAUUCAUGUUGGGAAGUCCGCAGUUACUUGCAGAGAACAGGUUUGUACUGGUAUAGAAUCCAGGAAUACUGGUUAGGUUAACUGCCCGCUGUUACAUGUUGAAAAAAUGGCGUUAAACCCAAAACAAACAAACAUGACAUUUAGUAACCAAAUUUGGGAUCAAAAUGAUUAAUGGGUAUUUAUUGCUCAAGAAAUGUUUUGAAUUACUUCAUUUGAGUGAUGUUGUAUUGGUGUGAAUCCAUUAUCUUUAACACAUUUGUUAAGUUUUACAUAGUUAAAAAAUAUAUAUCUUAGGUCUAUGGGCUUAUUUUGCUAGAUAUGAAAAUGUUUCAUAGGUCUAUGGGCUUAUUUUGCUAGAUAUGAAAAUGUGUCAUAGUUCUAUGGGCUUAUUUUGCUAUAUAUGAAAUUGUGUCAUAGUCCUAUGGGCUUAUUUUGUAAUAUAUGAAAUUGUGUCAUAGUUCUAUGGGCUUAUUUUGCUAUAUAUGAAAAUGUGUCAUAGUUCUAUGGGCUUAUUUUGUUAUAUAAUUAUGAAAAUGUGUCAUAGUUCUGUGGGCUUAUUUUGUAAUGAUAUGAAAAUGUGUCAUAGUUCUAUGUGCUUAUUUUACUAGAUAUGAAAAUAUAUCAUAGUCAUGGUUGGAUUUUUUGUUUCAUAACCAGAUGGUAUUAGUAUUAGAAGGUUGAAUUAAGUGUUACAAAGGAAUAUAUAUGUAUUAUAUUUGUUGUUUAUGUAUUAGAACAAGUGGCAUUUGUAAGACAUUUUAUAUGAUAUUACUUUAAUAGUUUGUCAAGCUCGAUAUGAUGUGUUGUAUACUCAACAACCAAAGAUGCACUAUGUAUAACAUUUACUAAUUUGGCUCAAAUAUCUUUUCUUAGAAUUUUAUUGUUUUUCAGCUAACCUGUCACAAAUUGACAAGGUGAGCUAUUGUGACCGCUUGAUGUGCGUCGUCCGUCAACAAUUUCUAAAAAAAUCUUCUUCUUGAAAACCACUGGGCAGAAUUACACCAAACUUCACAGGAAUGAUCGUUGAUGGUCCCCUUUCAAAAUUAUUCAAAGAAUUGAAUUCCAUGCAGAACUGUGGUUGCAAUGGCAACCGAAAGGAAAAACUUUAAAAAUCUUAAUGUCCAAAACCACAGCGCCUAGGGCUUUGAUAUCUGGUAUGUAGCAUCAUCUAGUGGUCCUCUACCAAGAUUGUUCAAAUUAUCCCCCUAGGGUCAAAUAUGGCCUCGCCCUGGGGGUCACAUGGUUUAUAUAGACUUACAUAGGGAAAACUUUGAAAAUCUUCUUGUACAAAACCAUAUGGCCUAGGGCUUUGAUAUUUGGUCUGUAGCAUCAUCUAGUGGUCUUCUACCAAGAUUGUUCAAAUUGUCCCCCUAGGGUCAAAUAUAGCCCCGCUCUUGGGGUCCCAAGUUUAACAUAGACUUAUAUAGGAAAAAAAGUUUAAAAAUCUUCUUGUCUGAAACCACAACACUUACACCUUUAGUCCUCAACCAGAAUUGUUCAAAUUGUACCGCUUGGGUGAAAAGAGGCCCUGCCCUGAGAGUGCCAAGUUUUAUAUAGACUUGUACAGGAAAAAGCUUUAAAAAUCUUCUUGUCUGAAACCAUAUGACCUAGGCUUUUGAUAUUUGGUAUGAUGCAUGGUCUAGUAGUCCGCUACCAAAAUUGUUCAAAUUAUGCCCCUGGGGUUAAAAGAGGCCCGCCCCAGGGUCACUUAGUUAUUAUGAAUGUGACCUACUGAAUUUCUUAAUAUUUUAUCAUCAGUUUGACAUUUGAAACAUGAAGCUCAUAUUACUCAGGUGAGCGAUCCAGGGUCAUCAUGACCCUCUUGUUAGUUAUUGUAUGUUUGAUGAAUGGAUUGACAAAACAUUUAUGUUUUAAUUAACAAAUGUGAUAGAAAUGUUCAUUUAGAUUUCAUGCCUUGGUUAAUGUACAGUUUUGUUACUAAUGGAGGCAAGCAGAAUUACAGAGAAAUUGUGUGUUUAUAAUCAGUGUCUGCAGGUCCUGUUAAUUUAUUAAAAUGUCUGUAAUUUGUUGUUGAUGGGGACAUCAGUUAUUUCAGUGUUAGACAUAGUGAUUGUUAAAACAUAGAAAAGUUCUUUCUGCUGCUUAUAUAUUAGAUUUAUCUGAAUUUCUAUUUAAUAGAAGGUAUCAAGACUUUGAGAGGAUUUUACAUUUUAGUAAUGUAAAAUUCUGUUAUUAAUGUGGGGAUGUAAACAGUAUAACAUUUUUCUGAGAUACAUUUUUCUCAAUUUUAGAUUUGUUGAUCCCCUCAAGUUCCACAAUAAUUUUAGUUUUGUUUUUAAAACAGAUAAAUUUGCAGCUGGCAAAUAGAGCCUAAAAUGGGAAUAUCUCCAUAAACAUGUUGUAAAGUGCUGGUCUAGUUUAAAAUAAUUUUACAGAUUUUCUUCAUGGGUGAGUCUUGUCAGGAUUAAUGCUGUUCACUCUCAAAGCCUGUUGCAAUUAGAGAAACCAUUAGCAAACAGCAUAUGGAUCCUGACAAGACUGUGCGGAUGCGCAGGCUGGUCUGGAUCCAUGCUGGUCGCAAAGGCACAAUGUUGGUUUUCUCGUGGCGUAGCUCAAAUGUGUUUAUAUCCGGUGAUGUUUGCAUGGAAUAUUAAUGUGAUAUUGGUCAUUUCAUGCUUGUAUUAUGGUAAUUAUAUAAAUUUCACAGAGUUUAUGUACUAAUAUUUUACUACCAAACCAAAUGGCAGCUUAAGUGUCUUUAAGGAUAUAGUUAAUGAAUUUAUGUAGGAAUAUCCUUAUUUAGCUGUGUCAUUUUGUAUGAAGGAAGUGUUUAUACCCCGACAAAACUAAAUUUGCGGGGGUGGGGGGGUAUAUAGGAGUGAGCUUGUCGGUCCAUUGGUUUUCAUGGUUUUCGGACAAUAACUCAAGAAAGGCUUUCAGAUUUAAAUAAUUUUUUGGUACACAGGUGUAACAUCAGAAAGUACAGGUCAAGUUCGAUUUUGAGGUCAAAGGUCAAGGUCACAAUGACCCUGAACAGUUAAACAGUUUCCAGAUGAUAACUUGAGAACGCUUUGGCCUAGGAUCAUAAAUUUUGGUACACAGAUGUAACAUCAGAAAAUACAAGUCAAGAUCAACUUUGAGGUCAGUAGGUCAAAGGUCAAGGUCACAAUGACCCGGAACAGCUAAACGGUCUCCGGAUGAUAACUUGAGAAUGCUUUAGCCUAGGAUCAUAAGUUUUGGUACAAAGAUGUAACAUCAUCAAAUACAGGUCAAGUUUGACUUUCAGGUCAGUAGGUCAAAGGUCAAGGUCACAAUGACCCAAAACAGUUAAAUGGUUUCCGGAUGAUAACUUGAGAACGCUUUGGCCUAGGAUCAAAAGUUCUGGUACACAGGUGUAACAUCAUCAAAUACAGGUCAAGUUCGUCUUUCAGGUCAGUAGUUCAAAGGUCAAGGUCACAAUGACCCAAAACAGUUAAAUGGUUUCCGGAUGAUACCUUGAAAAUGCUUAAGCACAGGGUCAUGAAAAUGGUUAGGACCAGCAAAUGACUCCUAUUGAUUAUGAGGUCAGUAGGUCACAGAUCAAGGCCCGCAAUGAUCCGGAACAGUUAAACAGUUUUCGGACGAUAACUUCAUAACACUUAAGCCUAAGAUUACAAAACUUAAUAGGGAUAUUGGUCAUGAUCAGCAAAUGACCCCUAUUGAUUUUGAGUUCAAAAGGUCAAAGGUCUGAGUUGACCCGGAACAUUUAAACGGUUUCUGGACAAUAACUGGAGAACGCUUAGGCCGAGGAUCAUGAAACUUCAUAGGGAGAUUGAUAAUGACCAGCAGAUGACCCCUAUUGAUUUUGAGGUCAGUAAGUCAAAGGUCAAGCAAAUUCGGCUUUGACAUUGGCUUAGUUCUGUGACAAGGCUGUAUUGUGGGGGUAUAAAUCGUCACUCCUGUGACAACUCUAGUUUUCUUUGCUAGAAGUAAUGAAAUUGUUUUGCUCAACAGUAAAAGAUUCCAUGACGUUUUAGGGUGUUAGCCAUGACUUAUAGAGUCUGAGCAAUGACUUAUGGUGUGUAAGCCUUGACUUUAUGAUGUGUAAAACAUGACUUUCUAGGGUGUUAGCCAUGACUUAUGGAGUCUGAGCAAUGACUUAUGGUGUGUAAGCCUUGACUUUAUGAUGUGUAAACCAUGACUUUAUGAGGUGUUGGCCAUGAUGUAUGGAGUCGAAGCAAUGACUUAUUGUGUGUAAGCCAUGAUUUUAUAGGGUGUUGGCCAUGACGUAUGGAGUCUGAGCAAUGACUUAUGUUGUGUAAGCCAUGACUUUAUGAUGUGUAAGCCUUGACUUAAUGAUGUGUAAACCAUGACUUUCUAGGGUGUUAGCCAUGACUUAUGGAGUCUGAGCAAUGACUUAAGGUGUGUAAGCCUUGACUUUAUGAUGUGUAAACCAUGACUUUAUGAGGUGUUGGCCAUGAUGUAUGAAGUCAAAGCAAUGACUUAUGGUGUGUAUGCCUUGACUUUAUGAUGUGUAAACCAUGACUUUCUAGGGUGUUAGCCAUGACUUAUGGAGUCUGAGCAAUGACUUACGGUGUGUAAGCCUUGACUUUAUGAUAUGUAAACCAUGACUUUAUGAGGUGUUGGCCAUGAUGUAUGGAGUGGAAGCAAUGACUUAUUGUGUGUAAGCCAUGAUUUUAUAGGGUGUUGGCCAUGACGUAUGGAGUCUGAGCAAUGACUUAUGUUGUGUAAGCCAUGACUUUAUGUGGUGUUGGCCAUGACGUAUGGAGUCGAAGCAAUGACUUAUUGUGUGUAAGCCAUGACUUUAUGGGGUGUUAGCCAUGAUGUAUGGUGUUGAAGCAAUGACUUAUUGUGUGUAAGCCAUGACUUUAUCGGGCGUUCAGGCUAUGACGUAUGGAGCCUGUGCAAUGACUUAUGUUGUGUAAGCCAUGACUUUAUGGGGUGUUGGACAUGACGUAUGGAGUCGAAGCAAUGACUUACUGUGUGUAAGCCAUAAUUUUAUGGGGUGUUGGCCAUGACGUAUGAUGUCGAAGCAAUGACUUAUUGUGUGUAAGCCAUGACUUUAUGGGGUGUUGGCCAUGACAUAUGGUGUCGAAGCAAUGACUUAUUGUGUGUAAGCCAUGACUUUAUCGGGCGUUGGCUAUGACGUAUGGAGUCUGAGCAAUGACUUAUGUUGUGUAAGCCAUGACUUUAUGCGGUGUUGGCCAUGACGUAUGGAGUCGAAGCAAUGAUUUAUGUUGUGUAAGCCAUGAUUUUAUGGGGUGUUGGCCAUGAUGUAUGGAGUCGAUGCAAUGACCUAUUGUGUGUAAGCCAUGAAUUUAUGGUUGUUGACCAUGAUGUAUGGGGUGUUAGAGCAUAAAGAGUUUUAAAUAUUAUGUUAUUAUAGGAAGGCUUGUUUCAUGUAUUUUCCUGAAUGUCAAGCCUCUACAAUAAAUACUAUAUUUUAUUAAAAAUGACCAGCAUGUGGGUUAAACUCUUAUCUAUCAUAUUUAUCUAACAAGGUACAGAUAUCAUUGAAAUUAAAGCUGUAAUUUAAAUAACAAAUGUCCACUUCUUAGAUGUAAAGUCCAUUUCACGAAAUGGAGUACAUUUCGCACUCUAUCCCUACUGGUCAUGAACUGCUAGAUGGAUCUUCAUCAGACUUAGUCAGCAGCAUCAGUUUGUUCAAACUGGGCAGUUGGCCCCUUUUAGGGACUACUUGAGCCAAAACUAGAAAUGUCUUUAAAAGACGUCUUUUUAUAAACCACUGGAUGGACCUUCAUCAAACUUGGUCAGUAGCAUCAUUAUAAGGUCCUUUUCCAAUUUUAUUCAAAUGGUAGCACUUGGCCCUGACUUUUUCUCAUAAACCACUUGAUAGAUCUUCAUCAGACUUGGUCUGCAGCAUCAUUAUAAUAUUCAUCCCCAAAUUGUUCAAAUUGAGGCAGUUGGCCCCUUUCAGGGGCUGCUAGGGAUAAAAUAAAAAUACCUUUAAACAACUUCUUGUCUUGAACCUCUUAAUGGCUUUUCAUCAAACUUGGUCUGUAGCGUCUUCAAUAGGGGCAAUUUUAAAAUGACUUCUUCUUAUGAACCGCUUGAUGGAUUUUCAUCAAACUGGAUUUGUAGCAUCAUUAUAAGGUUCUUCACCAACAUUGUUGAAUUAGGGGAGGGGGCACUUAGGGGCUUUAAUAAGGGCUAAAGAUAAAAAUACUUUAUAACCACUCCUUCUCAUGAACUGCUCAACAGAUCAUCAUUAGACAUGGUUCUGCAGCAUUGUUAUAGGGUCCUCUCUGAAAUUUAAGUUCAAUUGGGAACACUUGGCCCCAUUUAUGAGCUGCUGGAGUUAAGAAUAGAAAUACCUUUAAAUAUCUUUUUCUCAUGAACUGCUUGAUGGAUUUUCAUCAAAGAUAAUUUGUAGCAUCAUUAUAAGGUCUUUUACCAAACUGGUUCAAUUGAUGGCACUUUGGGCCUUUUGGGGGCUGCAAGAGUAAAAAACAAUACCUUUAAAAUACCUUUACCUGCAAGAGUAAAAAAAAACCUUUUAAUAAUGUCUUCACAUGAACUGCUGGAUAGGUUUUCAUCAGACCUUGUCUGGAGCAUCAGUAUUAUGUACCUUUACCAAGUUUGUUCAGUUGGGGACUCUGGAGCUUAAGAUAGAAAUACAUGUACCUUUAAAUGACUUUUUCGUAUGAACUGCUUGAUGGAUCUUCAUCAAACUUGGUCUGUAGUAUCAUUGUUAUGGUUCUGCUUGGUCCCUUUUAGGGGACACCAGAGCUAAAAAUAGAAAAAGAAUUUAAACAAGUUCUUGUCAUGAAGUUUUGUCUAAUGAUUAUGUAUUUUUGUUACGUCACAGCAAAAUAUAGAAUAACCUAUAAAUGAGCUGUGCCACGGGAAAACCAACAUAGUGGCUUUGCGACCAGCAUGGAUCCAGACGAGCCUGUGUAUCCGCACAGUCUGGUCAGGAUCCAUGCUGUUCGCUAACGGUUUCUCUAAUUGCAAUAGGCUUUGAAAGCGAACAGCAUGGAUCCGUGCAGCCUAGUCUGGAUCCAUGCUGAUUGCAAAGCCACUAUGUUGGUUUUCUCAUGGCACGGCUCAAAUAUUGUUUUAAUGAAUUGCAUAAAGGAUUUUCACCGAACCUAGUUAGAAACAAUGUCAGAUUUGUUAAGGUCCUCAUCAGGUGAGCACCUUAGGCCCACCAUUAAUGUCUCUUGUUAUGCAUUGCACUGAAUGUGAAGUUUCAACAUGUUAUUCCUGUGAGACCUCUUUCAUGAACUGCACUGAAUGUGACAUUUCAACAAGAUAUAACUUGGAACCUGAUUUUAUACGUUUCUCUUAAAGUCUAGCUUUUGAAUGAUGCACUAUUGUGGCUGAUUUCAUGCAGUGCUCUUAAUGCCAUGCAUGAUCAUGAUAUUACUUGUGAGGCCUAUUUCAGCAUUGCUCUGAAUGUCCUGUUUCAACAUAUAUAAGUGAGGCCUAUUUCAGCAUUGCUCUGAAUGUCAUGUUCAACAUAAGUGAGGCCUAUUUCAGCAUUGCUCUGAAUGUCCUGUUUCAACAUAUAUAAGCGAGGCCUAUUUCAGCAUUGCUCUGAAUGUCCUGUUUCAACAUAUAUAAGGGAGGCCUAUUUCAGCAUUGUUCUGAAUGUCAUGUUUCAACAUAAGUGAGGCCUAUUUCAGCAUUGCUCUGAAUGUCAUGUUUCAACAUAUAUAAGUGAGGCCUAUUUCAGCAUUGCUCUGAAUGUCCUGUUUCAUCAUAUAUAAGUGAUACCUAUUUUAGCAUUGCUCUGUCAACGUCAAAUUUUAAAAUACAUAAAUGAAACCUAUUUCAGCAUUGCUCUGAAUGUCAUGUUUCAACAUAAAGUGAGGCCUAUUUCAGCAUUGCUCUGAAUGUCAUGUUCAGCAUAUAUAUAUAUAUAUAUAUAUGGGGCCUAUGUUGUUCAGUGCUGUAGACAUCAUUGAUUUUUGCUCCUUUAACUAAGGCACACCAGACAAUCAAAUGAUCAAGUGAUAUAUUUCUGUGCCUAAUAUGUGCCCAAAUUGUAACAUUGUCAGAGAUUUAUGUUUGUUGUUGAGGCAUGUGCCAUAAUUAUAUCAUAUUAUUUUGUAAUAACUAAAUACUGUUUACAUUGGAUUCAAGUAUUAAUAUCAUAUAUUUUAUUUUACAUUUAUAUUUUUAUUUUUUAACAAUAUGUUUACCACAUUCCAUUAGGACAAUACUUUAUAAUGUGCACUAAUGUCUUGUUGUUGUUAAAUAAGAUCCAGAAAUACAGCUCAGUUAAGUAUAUAUAUAUCAGUUAAUCAGAUUGAUUUCUUGAUCAAGCAUUUGUAAAUACUAAUAGAACAGAACUUGACUUCUGUUAAAGGAUGGUAAUUUACCUUUCCUUCUUAAUCGCCAAGGUACUUGAUACUGACUGAAAAUAUUUCCAUCAUUUGUUACCUGUAUGCUUCAUUUUACUUCAAGAAUGAACCUAAUUGAGAUGCCUGAAAAAUUAUUAUUUUAAAAUAAGUUCAGUGUAAAUUUACAAGUAUUAUUAGUAUCUAUUGACUUUUAAAAUAUUUAUCAAUAUUUGCCAUUUAUUUUUGUAAGUGAAAGUUUUACAUAUAUAUAAUUAUGUUCUUUUUCAAGUAAUGUAAUUUUGAUACUUGCGGUAAUUUAAGGGUCACCUGAGCAUAAUUUUUGGGGGGGGGAUUUGUUGGAUGUCUGUCUUCAACAUGUUCUAAAGGAAUUUUUCCUCUUAAACCACUUGACCAAUUUCAACUAAAGUUAACAUGACAGGAAUGUUCCUUACAUCAUUUCUUUUCAGGUUUCUUCAAAUCUAGGUCAUCCAUGCAGAAUUCUGGCUGCCAUGGCAACCAAAAGAAAAAGUUUUAUAAAUCUUCUUGUCAGAAUCUGCUUGCCCUGUUUGAAAUAAUUUCACAGGACUAUUCCUUGGGUGACCCUCAACAAGGUUCCUCCAAAUUAUUUUGUACAGAAGAUUCUUCCUUCAAAUCACUGGUUCAGUUUCAAAAUAUUUUCAUAGCAAAAUUCCUUGGGCAAUCUUCUACCAAAUUCCUUCUACGCAAGUUGACAUGUUAAAAAAUAUUAUGUUGCCCUAUAGGAGAGACAAGUUUUCUGUAGGUAGAGCGUUCGUCUACAGAUCGCGGGGUCGCGAGUUCGAUCCUCAGGCAGGGCGUAUGUUCUCCGUGACGAUUUGAUAAAAGACAUUGUGUCUGAAAUCAUUCAUCCUCCACCUCUGAUAAUUCAUGUGGAGAAGUUGGCAGUUACUUGCAGAGAACAGGUUUGUACUGGUACAGAAUCAAGGAAAACUGGUUAGGUUAACUGCCAACCGUUACAUGACAAAUACUGUUGAAAAAAGGCAUUAAACCCAAAACAACCAAACAAAAGUUUUCUGUAUAUGACUGUAUUGGAUAACAUUUCUUCUUCUCUGAAAUUUUUGUCAUGAAUUCAAAAUAACUCCACAGAAAUGUAUUUCAGGUGACCCUCUAUCGAAUUAUUUCAGACCUCUAUAGUAUAGAGUCUAUACACAUUACCUGAAACCACAUACCUGUAACACCCCCACCCACUUCUCCCCCACACACAAGGUUUUCCAGCCCAUAUUUAGUGGACACUUCUUAAGAUUUCUUGUCAGAAAACACAGGCUCUAUUUAAAAAUAAUUUCACAGAUAUUUUCCUUGCAUGAUCCUCUUCCAAAACUAAUCCAGCAACUGUGAAACUUAGGUGAGUGAUGUAGGACCAUCAUGGUCUUCUUGUUUAAAUUUAAAUGUUACAUAUCAUUCAUUAACUUUACUGAUUCUUUUGGUCAGGUUACUUACAUAAUUGUUUUCAUGUUCAAAGCUUUAUUAAUUAGGUGAUUGAAAUAUGUCAGAACUAUGGGGGCUGAUUCUGCCAUUUUGUUCUGCAUGAAGGUCGCUAACAAGCCAUCUUGACAAAAUGACGAAUUAGUGGUAUUUCUCAUAUUCGGGCGAUUAUUUGUCAUAUUUUCCUGUUGGACUUAUUUGUUAUAUUGGCAUGCUAAUGUUUUGUUCUGGAGUAUAUGCUAGAAGAAAUGGCAGAAAUGAGUGACCAUACAGAACGCAACAAGUUGUUGGUUCUCUGGUGGUAAAGAUCAAAUUGCAUAGAUGUGACAAUGUGGUUUUUAUUGGAUUUAAGUAUUUUUUAGUGUGGUACAUAGAUUUGCAAGUCCCAGUAUAAUGUAUACCUGUCUCAACACACAAAAAUAAUAUUUAAUCCUGAAAUACAUGCCCUAAAGGGUUGAUUGCCAAGCUUAGUUAUAUUUCCCAAAAUUGAUACUUUGUACGUGUCCAGGAUUGUUCAAAAUUUAUUUCUCACAGGCCCCAAAUCACCUGAAAUGACUGUUGUACAUGUAUUCCCAGUUAGAUGUUGUAAUUUCGUUGUGUAUAAAUCAUGUCAAAACAUCUUGGUUCAAAACAAAAAUAACUUGCCAGCGAUGAUAUUAAAAUUUAUCAUAUUACAUUGAUAAUCUAUAAUAUAAAUUGAUUUUUUGCACUUACACGAAUAUUCAUGUUUUAUAAAACCAAAUUUCAAGCUUAGAAAGUUGAAAUGGUAGCAAUUUUUUACAAUAUUGUUAAGGUAGAUGAAAUGACAGUGGCUCAUCAACAUUUUUUCAUUUUUUUCCAUCCAAGUUUUCAAAGAUUGUUGUGGUUAAUAUUUUCCUAACUGAACAGCCAAAGGGAGAUUAUCUGUUUUUGUAACAAGUACAAACUACAUUGUGUACUGGCCAUUUUCUGAUUAUUUCACUGAUAUACUAACAUUUUAUCAUAGUACAGUAGUGUAGGUGGAUGGUCCAUUGUCCUGCAUCAUGCACCAUCAGUAAUACUUAAACAUCUCCUCUGAAAGUACUGUCAGAAUGACACAAACCAGCAUGAACCUCUUUCAAGUUUGUUCAAAUUGAUGCACCUGGAGCUAAAGAUAGAAAACCUUCAAACAACUUCUUGUGAUGAACCACUCCAUAGAGCUUUAUCAAACUUGGUCUGUAGCAUCCUUCUAUUGUCAUCUCUCAGUUUUGUUCAUAUGGUUCAAAUGGACCCCGUUCAGGGUCUGCCAGAACUAAAAAUAGAAAAGACUUUAAAUUACCUAUUCUCAUCACUUGAGGGAUCUUCACCAAACUUGCUCUCUAGCAUCAUUGUAUACUCUCUUAUGUUUGUUUUUAUAGUUUUGCUUAACCCCUUAAAGGAUCCUGCCAGAGUUAAAACUAUAAUAAAAUUUUAAACAACUUCUUAUCAUGAACUGUUUAAUUGACCUUCAUCAAACUUGGUCAGUUGCAUCCUUGAAUGGACCUCUCUCAAGCUUGUUCAGCUGGUUUAGCUUGACUGUUUAACAUGUCACUAGACCUAAAAAUAAGGAGGGGGGGAAAUUAAACUACUUCUUCCCAUGAACUUUUUGGAAGGUAUUUGAUAAACUUGGUCUAUAGGAUCUUUUUAUAGACCUUUCUCAGUUUUAUUAAAAUAUUUGCGCUUGAGGGGUUGCAUGAGAUGAAAUAGAAAAUUCUUUAAACUUCUUAUCAUGAACUUGAUCUGCAGUAUCCUUAGUUACACAUCUCAGCAGUUUGCUCUAACGGUGGGUGACUUGGGCCCAUUUUGGCCCCUUGUUAUUGACCAUACUGUACUAUUAAGUUGCUAAAGUGUGUGAUAUUUGUAAUAAAUCUUGUCUUGAAAUCA